AUGCGUGUCACCAAGUCCGUCGUCUUCGGCCUUGUGAGCCUGGUGUGCACUAUCAACGCCAUCGAAGCAACCGGUAAGCCCGUCCUCGCCAAACGGCAAGCAGUCGUCACUGUCACCAAUGACGGCUGCACUGCUAUUUGCUGGGACCUAUCCAGUAGUGACUUGGGCACGGGCACGGAUUGUGAUGUCUACUGCUCUGAAGGUUUCUCCACAACAAUGCCUGCCACAUCCACAUCCACAUCCGUUGUGAUAUCGACAGUGACAUCAAGUUCCAAAACUGCCUUGAACCAGCCAACGGUAGUCUCUUCUACCGGCGGUGACUGCAGUGCCGUCUGCACGGGUAACUUGGAUGAGGGCGAUAUCGAUUGCGGUUUUGACUGUGGUGGAAGUUUCUACACAGCGAUGCCUACCACGUCUACGUCCAAAUCUAUCCCCACAUCCGAAGUUGCCUUGAAUCGACGAACGGUGAUCUCUGCUACCAGCGGUGACUGCACUGCCAUCUGCUGGGAUCUGAUGCCGGGUACUGAGUGUGAUGUCCAAUGCAAAUCGGAUUUCAGAACCGAGAUGCCUGUGCCCAGCAAAGCCGCUCGUGUCGGUCUCGAGGCUCGUGAGAACGUUCAAGCCCAUCAAGUCCGUGAGGCACGUCUCGCUCGCAAGUUCGGUGGCCUUGUUGGCCGUGAUGAUAGCAUGACUGUGACUGUUACCUCGAUCCCUGAGUACUGCACUGCCGGACCGGAAUCGUCCAUCUCGACUACCGUUGCCGGAAUCCCGACAAUCCUUCCUAUGCAAGUACCUCAGGCAGCCGGAGCUUUCGAUACGUCCGCCGCAUUGUCUCAGGCAUCCGCUGCGAUCUCGGCCGUUCAGCAAGUAAUGCCAUCAGCCGCGUCAUCAGCCCUCUCGCAAGCAUCUGCCGCCCUGUCAUCAAUGACUGCUGCUGCACCAAUCUCGGCGAACGCUACCAUUGCAACUCCAGCAUCCACCGGCUCUGCACCCACAGUUUCAGCCACUACGACGGCCACAUCCACUUCUUCAGAGACGGGUACCCCGUCAACCACCACCACCGGAUCUCUAGUCGUCUCAGAAGUCGGGUCAACAACACGCACAAUUGUUCCUGCUAACGGUGCCCUCCCCGAGUACACCGUUCCCACCGGGCUCGUACUCUCCCUCCUGGUUGCUUUGGCUGCCAACGUUGCCUUCUUGAUCUAG